AAAAUCCAGUGCGAAUCCGUAUAUUAUCUCCGUACCUCGCUCGCGUCUCGGAUAAUUCGAUAAUUUUUUUUUUCGAAGUUUUCCUGUGCACAUCUAUUAAAUAGGACUAAUAGUGUUUUUCAAGUGUUAUUUUUUUGAUUCUAAUUUUUCAUUGGUUUACGUUUUAUUAUAAUAUCAUAAUAUGUUUUUAUAAUUUUUUUUUUAUAUAUUUUUUAGUAAUAUAAUAUAAUAUCAUAUGUGUUAAUGUUAAUUAUUUGUUUUAAAACAGUGUGAUUGCAGUUUUUCUUGGACGAUGACAAACAUUUAAACAUGGACCGGUAUUUUUUCAACAAGACAAAUUACGAACAUAUAUAAUCAGGUGCCGCCAUGGGACUGUCAGUGGCGGGAGACGGGCCUUCGUAGAUUUAACGCUGCGAAGGACACCGUCGAUUCAGCCAAAGGCAUCGCGAAGACUAUGCUAAUUGACCGGUUACAAAGCUUAAUUGCGGUGCUUAUCACAUUAAUUGGCGUUUUGCUUGCAAAUUCGGCUUCAGAACCUUUAUUACCCACAGAUUGGUCGAACGAAACGCAUCGUCAGAGCAACAACAAAAGUCUGAACAAAAACUCUCAAGACUGGUUAGGUGGAGAAGAAACAUCGAUAGAAGACGAGGUAGCCGAUCAUCAUUGGCUGUCUAGUCGUAAGAGUCAAGAAUAUCUAGUCUCUGUCGGUGGUCAGGAAGACUGUUGUCCGUCACAGAUGGAAAUGAUCGAACCGAACGGCGGAAGCAACCCAGACGGGCUGUACGUUGAGCUUUUCAGCGACGGGGCCGACAAGCAGAGGUUCUACGAGGUGUCGUGCAAGCCGGGCGUCGAGGGCAAGCCGUGCCUGUUCAUGGAGCGCAAGCUGCACGGCCACUCGACGUGCGUGCAACGGUACUCGUACUCGUACGCGAUCGUGCGCGAGGAGAACGCCAGGCACCACCACGGCGGCGUCGGCGCGGGCACGGCCGGACAGUACAACAGCAACGGUGGCAAGCAGACGUUCCAGUCGCUGUUCCCGAACGACAACAACGUUUGGAAAUUGGAUUACAUAAAGGUGCGCAGCGGGUGCGCGUGCAUGGUGCAGUCGCCCAAGAAAAAGCAACAAAAGCAGAGGCGGAAGAACGGCGGCGGCGGCGUGGCGGGGGGGAGCAGCGGCGGCGGCAAGAGCAGGUCGCAACAGUGAGCGAUGACCAAGACGACGCCGACGACGACAUUGCGGCGGCGGCGGCGGCGGCGGUGAUGACGCCACUGCCGCCGAGCACGGUGUGUUCCGCGAGUCCUAUUCAAUAGACGACGACGACCCUUUUUUUCGUGUCGUCGUCGUGUGUUCCCUCGUCGCGCGCCUACGCACAAUUUAUCAUAAUAAUAUUAUAUAGUGUUUAUGUAUACGCACCACGUUAUUAAUAUUAUUAAAUGUAUUAAAUAUAUUUUACCUAAUAAUGUUAAUAUUAUCGUGUACACGCCGACACGCCUCUCAUCCGUUCUCGACUCGACGCCGAUUGUUUCUUUUCACUCAUAAAUUUUUAGAUAUAUAUUUUUUUUUUCUACUGUAUAUUGUAUAUUUUUAUGAUAUUAUGCCAAAAAACAAAAAACCGCCAGCGGAUAUUUUUCAACUAGAUUUUUUUUUUUUUCAUCGCUUUUAGUUUGUUUUUUAAUCCAACGUUAACACACGUGCGCACGUCAUGCCGCGCGAGUCUUCUACUUCUUCUCCUUCCCCACCCCGUCCUCCUCCUCCGUUUUUGUAUUUUCAUUCACUCUUGCCCUAAAUAUAAUAAACGCUCACCGCUGCAUUAGCGCUUUCACGUAUAAACACCGCGCACUCGCAAUUUAUAAAGACGUUAGAAACAAAAAAAAAUAGCAUUAAUUUAUACAUCGCUACAAACCGUUU